GCAUAUGGAUAAAGAAACUGGUGUGGUCGUUAUGGGUCACACGCAGAGAGCUAAUCACGAAUCCUCAACACAGAGUGUUCCUAAAGUGUGGAUCCAUGAAGGCUUUCAGUGCCAUAAAUUCCACAAAUCCAUGUCUUCCCAAUACUCAUUUCCUCAAAGUCUCUAUCUUUCAUCCCUUCUUCAAAUUCAAUCCAUUCGGCCAUGCUGCAAACAGAGCUCACAAGCUUCCAUUCACCAUCAGCUGCAAGCUGAAAAGCUCCCAAGAUGUCGAAAACAAAGGGAAGAGCGUGUCCCAGAAGAUUGUCUUAUCAGAAGCUUCCUCUCCACCACUCACUGAGGAUGAUGGCACCAAUGGUGACACUGGGGAUGUUCCACAGAGCUCAAAGAAAAAAAAGGGAGGCCCUUUUGGGUUGCUCAACAUGCUCAGAAGAAAGACUUUGCAGAUUCUCUCUAGUUUGCCAUUGGCUAUUGCGGACAUGUUUGCUGCUGCUGCUUUGAUGGCUUUGGGAACAAUUAUUGAACAAGGUGAAGCUCCUGACUUUUAUAUCCAGAAAUACCCUGAAGAUGAUCCUGUGUUUGGAUUUUUUACUUGGAGAUGGAUUCUCGCCCUUGGUUUUGAUCACAUGUUUUCGUCCCCUGUAUUUCUUGGAGUGUUGGCUCUCCUGGGGGCAUCCCUAAUGGCCUGCACAUACACAACUCAACUCCCCCUCAUCACGGUUUCAAGAAGAUGGUCAUUUUUGCAUUCAGCUGAGGCUAUACGCAAGCAAGAAUUUUCAGAAUCAUUGCCAAGAGCAUCAAUCCAAGAUGUUGGUACUCUUUUGAUGGGAGCUGGAUACGAGGUAUUCUUGAAAGGACCAUCUUUAUAUGCCUUUAAAGGACUUGCAGGUAGGUUGGCCCCUGUUGGAGUUCAUAUAGCACUGUUACUUGUAAUGGCUGGAGGAACUGUUAGUGCUGCUGGGAGCUUCAGAGGUUCGGUCACUGUGCCCCAGGGGCUGAAUUUUGUUGUUGGUGAUGUUCUGGUUCCUUCUGGCUUUCUCUCCUCCCCAACUGAGGCUUUUAAUACAGAGAUUCAUGUCAACAGAUUCUCAAUGGAUUAUUAUGAGAGUGGAGAGGUUUCACAGUUCUACACUGAUAUUUCCCUUCGUAACAUGGAUGGGAAAGAAGUAAUGAGGAAGACAAUCAGUGUAAAUGAUCCUUUAAGAUACGGUGGUAUCACCAUAUAUCAAACAGAUUGGAGUAUUUCGGCUCUGCAAAUUCUUAAGGAUAAUGAAGGACCCUAUAACUUGGCUAUGGCACCUUUACAGAUCAAUGGAGAUAAGAAACUUUUUGGUACUUUUCUACCGGUUGGAGAUAUUAACUCUACUGACGUUAAGGGAAUAUCUAUGCUUGCUCGUGAUCUACAAUCAAUCGUCCUUUAUGAUAAAGAAGGAAAAUUUGUGGGAGUUAGACGCCCUAAUUCAAAGCUCCCAAUCAAUAUUGAUGGAUCAGAAAUUGUCAUUGUUGAUGCAAUAGGAAGUAGUGGCUUGGACUUGAAGACUGAUCCAGGUGUGCCAGUUGUAUAUGCUGGAUUUGGUGCUCUAAUGAUCACUACUUGCAUCAGCUAUUUAUCUCAUUCACAGAUAUGGGCUUUACAAGAUGGAACAACAGUCUUCAUUGGAGGAAAGACUAACAGAGCAAAGAUGGAGUUUCCGGAGGAGAUGAACCUCUUACUUGAUAAAGUCCCCGAAAUUGUUGAAUCAACUCUGUCUAAGCAAGCUGAUAGCAUUAGUGGUUAGCUUGAGACAUCAAGAUGGGUAAAGUUGCUCUUCAGUUGGAUGACUGCAACUUAUAAUGGAUUAUUAUGAUCAAUUUGGAUAAAUUCGUUCAUUAACACUUACAGAAAAGAAAACAAAAAGUAAAUGAAUCAAACUUAUGAAUUAAAAUCAACUUAUGAAUCUCAAUCUUUUUGCAAGCUUUUCAUACUUUUCAAAAGUGGGGAUGUUUGGUGGUUUAUCAUCUCGAAUAAGUUAGUUUAUUUCACUUCUUUAUUUCUUGUUCAUAAGUAGUUUUAUUGCAAAUUUUAUCAAUUAGAACCUAUACAGAGUGAUAUAGUAUUUGGCAUUACAAAUACAUGAAACUCCCCAUCAAGGAAGUGCCCUGAUUACUUGAUCAACCAAGGAUUUUACAACUGCUCGAAGGAUGCCUUCCAGAAGCAACUCAAGAAAACUUUUACAGUUAUUAUUGCAUUGACCUUAUUUAGAUACAUACUCAGUUCAACAUACAUGUAUAUUUCCUGUAAUUUUUUUUGCUAUAGAGCCAGUUUAAUCAAUAUUCAUAUGUCUUGUGUUAUUUUAGCUCCUCAUUGAACAGAAAAUCAAGUAGAAUUAGAAAUUUUUUUCAUAAA